GUAGAUGACGUCAUCGAAAAUACGUCAGACCUUUUACAAGUUGUAAAAAGAGGAACUACACGUUUUGUUCUACGUUUGGGAAGUUUGUCAGUUUAUAAUUCCAGGUAUUAGGUAAGUAAGCGUCAUUAACUCAAGAUGGAUCCGAACCAGAUGCGACCAAACGAUUCUUGGAAAACUACGCAACUACGAAAUAACGGGAAACAAAAACUAAUGGAAGCUUUUAGAAAAACUGGAAAAAAUUUCAACGUGACUACGAUUGAGGGAAACAUCUGCACCAGAGCAAAGUCGAUGGAAGAAUAUCUUCGGUUUAUCGACAAGAUUGUACAGAAAUUCAACAACGAGGCAAGAGUGAUGCAACCCAACCAGGAGCAACACAUUCAACAACAACAACAUAUGCAGAAUAUGCAACAAAUGCAACAACAAAACAUACAGCCACAACAAAAUAUUCAACAACAAAAUAUUCAACAACAAAAUAUUCAACAACAGAAUUUGCAACAACAAAAUAUUCAACAACAGAAUUUGCAACAACAAAACAUACAACAGCAAAAUAUUCAACAACAGAAUUUGCAACAACAAAACAUACAACAACAACAGAACAUGCAACAAGACAGUAUGUACAUAAACCGAGCGGGCAACCAACAAACCAUUUAUCAAACAAACCAAAUACAACGAACUCCACAAAACAACAUUAUUCAACAAGGUUCACCAGGCAUGCCUAUGCGUGGUAUGGCACCCACCAACAGCCCCAUGUCUCGUACCAUGACGGGGUUACCCAGCCCCCAAUCAUCCAUGGGUUACCAACGCACCCAGUGGUCCCAACCAUCACCCGGGAACCAACAAUAUGGGGCGGGGCAGUUUGUUCAGCCACGCCCACCCCCACCCACCAAUAUGCAGCCAAUACUGAAGAUGCCGGACAGUACAGGACAACCACAUUCAAACACGAUACCCUCAUUAUCCCCCAACCACCCGUCCCCCCAGGUACACAACACGUCACCAGGGUUACGAACACCUGGUAGUGUACAAGCCGCUCCUUCCCCAGGAACGCUUGCAAUAAACACGAUACCGAGUCCCACCCCACUAAAUAACUCUCAAGUUGAAGACGACAAGGAAUACAUGGAGAAACUGAAACAACUACAAAAAUAUAUCGAACCACUUUCCAGGAUGAUUAGUAAGUUCAAUGAGGACGAAGAGAAAUACAACAAUGACCUUUGCAAGAUGAAGACAUUGCGUGACACGCUCAUGAAUCCAAACAAACGACUUCUCAUGUCAACUUUAGAUAAAUGUGAGAAAGUUUUGCAGAACUGGCUCGACCAGAAGCCUUCACAGCCGCCAUUGUUGCAACCCCGCCCCGACCAACACAUGUGCCAACCCAUACUCAACGUUAUCGCAUCCGCCACCAAGUCCCCCUUACUCAACCAUACAUUGAAACGAACCUUUGGACCGGCUAUGAAGACAUUAUGUGGCAACUACACAAUUCCGGAGUUCGUUCCAAACAAACGUCAGAAACUGCAGGAGGCGGUGUUAGAGUUGCGUGCCAACAAAGCAAAAGGGAAGUUGAGUGAUAAUGUGAAGAGGGAGAUUGCAAACCUCGAUUCCAAGUUCAACAUUGUGGUGGACGAAGUGGGGAACGAUAUGGGAGGGAACGUUCAAUUGUUCUGUUAUCUAAAUGACCCCAAACUACCAGGAAUUCCCCCAAUCCAGAUAUCGGUCCCCCAAUCUUACCCCACCCAACCCCCAACAUGGGUACAGGGGUUCAACUACGAACCAAGGGAAAACGACAUCCAAAUAUCGGAUCCAGAACAAACCAACUUACUUGGAAGCGACUUCCUCUUAAAGUUGCGACCCAUGAUACGAUCUCGACUUACCAUGGUGAACAACACACACUGUACAAUAUCCUCACUGCUGCAAACAUGGGCUUCGAGUGCUGCGUCGGCAUCUACACUUGUACAUUGAUGUCAUUCUGAUGGAAUAAUUAAACACCAUUGUUAUGUGUGGCCAAAUAAAUGUACAAAA